ACUUAAUUUAAUUAGGCACGUUUGCACCAUUUUUGAUUUAUAGCCACGAAUUUAUUUUUGCCUUUUCGGAAUCUGUAGGUAUGUUGAAACUAGGGAAUUUCAUUUUGAUCCUUUGCAUCUCAUGGAGACGAAAUCAGCAAGGCAGAAUUAGCGGGAUAAAAUACGGAUUUUUUCUUGAUACUGAAGCGGCGACUUUUCCGCCAGAGACUGAGAGGGCGGCAGCGAUGGUGGACCACCCUUAUUGUCGCGCUAUUUUUGUGAGCGAGGAGAGUUACAACCUUCCAGACCGAGGUGGAGAAAUCUCCAGAUCUGCGAUGGUUUCGCCGAAUUUUGGGGGCGGUGAUGGCCCAAACAAUGACGUCCGUCGAGAGUCGAAAGAAGGCGGUGGCUCGGCCUUUUCGCCGAUUUUGAGUUUGGAAGCGGCGGUGGCGGCCUCCUCUAGACGUCUCGUCGUUCCUCGGGUCGAGGGGACGGAUGGCUUCCAGAUCUGAGAGGGUUAUUUUCCGUCGAUGGAGACCACAACCGAGUGGUGCGGCGGUGUGACGCGAAGACACCGGAGUGGUGUUCGCCUAUCCAAUUUUCAAAGGUGACGAUUCUUGCCGAUUUGAGGCGGUGAUAGUUUAGAGGUCGUUGUCCGCCGAGUAUUGGGGGAAGACGACGAUGGAUGUCUCGAGGAGGAGAAAGGGGCUUCCCACUCUCUGUGCGUGUGUCUAGAGAUCUGAAAAGCUUCCCUUAUCCUACUGUCUGGUUGGGUGUCAAGGAGAGACUUAAGCAAAUCUUGAGCUAUCCCGAGGAGGCUCGUGAUUGGCGGAUUAUCUUGUCUAACGAUAAUUUGAGGUAAAGUUCGUUGUGGAGGGACAUUUCCUUUACUUCAGAAGAUAUGGUCUCCUUGUCGACUCACCCUCCACCUCCACGUGUCAUGUCGAAGCCCUAUCAAUUUGAGAUGAAGGGGCCUGAUGCUGCGUUGGCGAAGAUGCAUGUGGGAAGGAAGAAGAAGAAGGUGACCGAGGUCUCUAGUGAUCUCGAAGUUAGCGAGACAGUCAUUUCGAUCCCCACUUCGCCAGUCAUUCCGAUCUCUACUUCGCCAAUUCGGAAGGGAAAUGAAAGAAGGCGCGAUGACGAUGAUGAUGCUGGUUGGGCUAGUGACUCUAUUCGUCUUACCUUCCCGUUUGAUGCUUCUGCAUGCCCGUACCGUAAGGAGUUGGGCAAGUUACUUUGGCCAGAGGAUCGCAAUGCCUUGGUUGGAUUGAAGUCUGGCGCCCCUGAUGCCACUGUCGACCAUAUCUUUCUGGGAGUGCUUCAUUUGUCGGAGAGGAUCCGUGAGCUGGAGAAGAGUGCGAAGCAACUUCGAACUGAGCAAGUUGAGUUGGAUGGCAUAUUGAAGAGUCGUGAUGAGGAGAUUGCACGUUUGAAGGUAGAUUUGCAGACUCAGCUUGAUGUUGGGCGCCUAUCGGGUGAUCAGGCCAAGACUUUGGCGAAGCAGCUUGAGGCCAUUUACUCUACGAUUUUAUUUUUGACGGAGAAGCUUGAUUUUGUCGAUACUGAGGGGGUAAGUCCAGGCUAGGGCCCAAAUGGCCCAAGAUUACUUGGAUGGUCGGGCUGGGACUUGGAACAGGGCGUUGAUGCUUGAGGCUUAUGCCGAGCUGAUGGAGAGGAGAGCUGAGCAGGCUGCCGAGGUUGCAGAUCUUGCUGCUUCGCUUGGAGGUCUGGGUACUGGUGGCCCUUCUAUUGAUUGAUGAUUAUGUUUCAUUAUCUGCAAACUUGACUUGGUUGUGUAAUAGACUUAUAGUAUUCUAACUUUUAAUACUUUCGGGCCAGUGUGCCUAUGAGUCUGCUCUAUGUGGACGAUUUCCAUAGUUUUCUUUCCCCCUAGUAUAAGUUUGUUCUAGUUUGAUAGCCAAGCUUAUACUUAGUCUACUCUACUAUGUAACUCGAAAUUUUCCGGUUUGACCGGCCCCCUGGGGUUUUACCCUUAGUAUUUAAUCGAGUUGUGAUCCAUUUAA